UAAGCCUGAGAAGAAUAGUGAAUAGAUGGAAGAUCUGCCCUGUGGGUAACGGCCUGGCACCUCUUCACUUGCCACUGGCUCACUGGACUGGGCAGCAGGUGGCACAUCAUACAGCAAGGGGUGCACCUUUAUCUGUUUUUUUUUAUUGGAAAUAAGUCUGAAAUCUUUUAAUCUGUUGGCUUUAACUUGCCCUUGCUUGGAAUAUAUAUACGGCAGGAGGACCGCACUGCUCCAGAGAUAUGUGAAGGUCAAGGUGCUGCUUAUCCCUCGAAUUAAGUUCUGAUGACACUGCAGAAGGAUGGCAGAGAACAGCAGUUAUCGGGAGGAGAGAGGUUACAUUCCACAUUAUGAACGAGACUCCGAUCCCUUUGCCUCCAAACUCUCCAAAGAAGCAGAUAUUUUUGCUGGGGUUUAUCUACUGUCCAUAGGUAUCCUCUCCACGCUGGGGAAUGGCUAUGUUAUAUUUAUGGCAAUCAGGAGGAAAAAGAAGUUGCGGCCAGCCGAACUAAUGACAAUCAAUUUAGCCGUGUGUGAUCUUGGGAUUUCAGUAACGGGAAAGCCCUUUUCCAUCGUGUCCUGUUUUAGUCACCGCUGGGUGUUUGGCUGGAACGCCUGCCGCUGGUAUGGAUGGGCGGGAUUUUUCUUUGGCUGCGGAAGCCUCAUUACACUGACUGUAGUCAGCCUGGACAGAUACCUGAAGAUCUGCCAUCUACGAUAUGGCACAUGGCUGAAACGACACCACGCUUUUAUUGCCUUGGCACUUAUCUGGGCCUAUGCCUCCCUGUGGGCGACCUUGCCAUUGGUCGGAGUGGGAAACUAUGCUCCAGAGCCCUUUGGCACCACAUGCACUUUGGACUGGUGGUUGGGGCAGGCAUCUGUUAAAGGGCAAAUAUUUGUUAUGUCCAUAUUGUUCUUCUGCCUCCUACUUCCUACUGCGCUGAUUGUCUUCUCCUAUGUGAAGAUCAUCGCCAAAGUCAAGUCUUCUGCCAAAGAAGUUGCUCACUUUGACACCAGGAACCAAAAUAAUCACACGCUGGAAAUAAAACUGACAAAGGUGGCAAUGUUGAUCUGUGCGGGUUUCCUCAUCGCAUGGAUUCCGUACGCCGUGGUGGCUGUAUGGUCGGCAUUCGGACAGCCAGACUCUAUUCCAAUUGAAUUUUCUGUGGUACCCACAAUGAUGGCCAAAUCGUCGUCUAUGUAUAAUCCCAUCAUUUAUCAAGUCAUUGACUGCAAAUCUCAAUGCUGUCGAAAGGACAAGUCGUUGGAGAAGACUAAUUCUAGAGCCUAUUCAAUAAGCACCUGCAGGAGGUCAACGACCUCAGCUCAAUGAGGAGCCAUGGAAUGGUCGAUGAAGCACAAUUAUUGUACAUGGAGA